AUGCGACGGUUGCGCUGCCCUGCUGACAAUCAAGAGGACGGCGCAGUCUACAAGGCGAACCCAGGUGACAAGGUCACAUACAACUACAAAUAUAACCCCUCCACGGGCAAGACCGACCAGACGGUUUCGGUGAAUGGCAACGUGGUAUUGACCCUGUCCACCUCCAGCGGCCGCGGUGGUCUGGGCUGGGGCACCGCAAUGGAGUGCCAGCAGGCGAACUGCGGCACCGUGCCCGCGCAUCACUACAUCAACACCAAGCUCACGACGAGCGCUGCUAACCCCAACUAUAAGAACACCCUGGCGCUGAACGGCGCCUCGGGCAACCUGGCCACUGCCGAUGGCGGCAACACCUGGACCGUUGCUGACAUUACUGUCAACCUACUGUCAACCAGUACACCUACACUGUGA